GCCACUGGAGCGCGCCGCGAGUCCUCAGCUCGUUCUCGGUUAGCAGCAGUGCGAGUGAAUGAACGUUAAAACUCUCUUUACAGUUCUGAUGAUCAUCUGACUGGAUUAUUUCUGUCACGCUGGAAAAUUAAGAAGAAAAGCUGCCAUCUGAAUUCAUCUCCGCCGACCCAAGGGCGACUGUCACGCACACUGGACUUUUGUUUCUAUAUUUAAGUCUGAAGCAACGGAAGAAGGACUCGAUUAUUUCAGGCUAAAGUUUUAACGGUUGUCAUAUGAAGGAUAUGGGCAGAUAUGGACAUGUUGCGUUUUGCGCGAUUCUGCUCUUCUACUGCUCUUUCAUUACAGCUUCAUCGCCUCAUUUAUCUGUGAAGAGGAAAGACGGCGUGUCUGAAGUCAACAUGACCUCAGUUCUGCAGACGAUGGAGAUGGACAUCAGUAAUCAGACGCAGCCUUCUGUUAACAACAGCAUCAGCACUGAGUCCACACCGCAUACAGACACUACAGCAGGGAUGGUAGUGAACUCAACAACCCCAAUGGAGAACACCAGUUUCUCCGAGAACGUCACAGACAGUCGAAACAUGUCUGAUGUGUCCCAUGUGCAGAAUCAGACAGCAGCCACCGCAAUAACACCAACUACACUCCUGCCAUCCACAACCCAUGAGUCCAUAACCAGCUUCCACACCGCCACCCACACGACCAUCACUGCAUCCAACAGAACGACACACUCCAGCAGCCCAGAAUCAGGAGGUGACCCAUCAUCCACUGCAGCCCAAAUCACACAUACGUUCACGAGCAGCAGCAGCAGUCCCAUCCAGGCCAGAGCACACUUGGACACCCCAUCAGCACUCAAUGUCGGAGAUGAAGACAGUAACAAAGUGUCCACUGACCCGCUGCUGGCUGGACUGGUGUCAGCGUUUGUUGUGGUCGCUGCCAUCGUGUCGGUGCUCGUAUUCCUGAAAUUCAGAAACACAAACGACGGGCCGGAGUUUCGCAGACUUCAGGAUCUGCCCAUGGAUGAUAUGCUGGAAGACGCUCCUCUCUCCAUGUACAGCUACUGAAAAACACGAAGCACUCGCCACAAACAGACACCGUUAGACAAACAGGACUAAAUGUCGUCGGCUUUUCUUGCACUUUAUGUGAGGUUUUGGCAAGGGUCUGUAAUGUCUUCAUCAGUUUCUCUGAUAGUUGUUUUGUCUGCAUCCACUUCAGCGUUUGUUUUUCUGUCUAAUCCUACAAUUAACCUGCUGCUUUGUUUGUUGACCAAGUCUUUUGUUAAAGAAAUGCUCCGUUCUCAAUGUUAUACUGUACAUCCUCCAAGUCAGCAUUGAUCGGGAUUACUGAAAUGCACUUAUGAUUAACACAGCUGUAAAUAGUCGUAUAAUAUUAAUGUUAACAUGAAACUAAUGUGAUAAAACAGCUACUGAUGCCGAGUUCAGACUGCAGGAUAUUUAAAGUAGUGGCGUAACAGAUGUUGGGACACUGCGUGACUAUCUGAGGUAGUGUUCAGAUGCUGCUGUGUUUCCACUGCAAGAUGGAUCAGCGACAGGGGGUUUCACACUGCAUGACUUUACAAUAGGAGAAUCGCCGACAACUUUGUCUCGGUCCACAAACUACGUCUCACAACCAAACACAUGUGAUAAGUGACAUGGAAACAACAUGAGGUCACGUGGUACAUCUUUUGUUAUUAACCUCAUAAUGAGAAAGAAACCUUGAGUGGGAUAGCAAAUGGACUUAUUCUGCUCACCUGGGUUUGGAGGGGAAUUAUUCUUUAAGGAGGGUUUUUUUUCUUAAACACUUUUCUUUUUUCGAGGUGGUUGUGGUGUUGCUCAGAUGACACGUCAAACAGAAAUGGGUGCUCCUGCCAAAGUUACACUAGUUUUUCCUUCAUUUCUUGGGUCCAAAUAGACCGAAGGAAGCUCUUUAAACUCAGGAUUUCUGCAGGUUUCACCAAGUUAAAUUUAAGACAUGUUAAGAUCAGUAUAGAUAAGAUUGUCUCCUACAGGGCUAAAUACUAAGGAGUUUUUCUAAUGGCCCGAAUGGUCUUUUUUAUUGGACCUAUCAAAAAUAAUAUAAUUUAAUACAUUUAAUAGUAAAAUAAUACUUAUUAUUUAAAAGGCACCUAUGCUGAAAACUACUUUUCAAGCUGUUUGGACAGACAUAUGUGUAGGUAUAGUGUAUAGACGGUCAUAUUGGGGUGAUAUAAGCACACCCAGUGCUUUUUUUCGAUUUAACAACAUAAAAACGGUGGACCAAUUGGAGCGGUUUUGAGACCGACUGCGACUUGACGUAAGAGUGCGGUCCCCCCGCCCACCAAUAUUGAUUGACAGGUGCGCAGCAUCAUCAUAUCCUCAAUUUGUUGUUUCACGUCCGCCAUUUUCAGCGUGUGAGUCAAAGCGACAUCACCAAAGGAACACCCUUGCUCUAUUUUUAAUUGUAAGGCUCAUUGGGCUCAACACAAGAGCCUUCAUCGUCUUCCUUCGGAAAGAGAAACAGAUUUUACAUUUAGCGGCCAUUUGCGCUGAACACGCAGUGAAUGCAACGUAUCGAGAUUCAGGCCUCUAAAAACAGCUGAUGCACCGAGUCUUUCAGCACUCUCCAAAAACACUCGACUGAUCUCGGCUGGCGGAUCAACAUUCACCACAUGAUCGCUCUCAUCGGCACCAUUGUUUGUAACUUUAGGUGGGUUUGCAAAGCUGUGUACUGUACUGUUAUAGCCUGUGUACUGUACUGUUAUAGCCUCAGUCAAAGUUAAUCCAGUGUGUGUAGUUAUUAGUCUCGGUGUACAAGCUCAGAACUUUAAACUAGCACAGUUGGCACAACUUUAUUUAGUUGCUGCAGUUUUGUUCCAUGCAGAAACAGUGUUGAGAAGCCUUUAUGAUUAGUUAAUUGUGACGAAUUAAAGCGUGGUUAAUAGUGAAAAGGUUAAUCAGUACAUUCCAUAGACUGUAAAAUACAUGGAUGUAGUAUCCGUGACGUCACCCAUAGGUUUCUGAACAUUGCAAAAGAAGCUACAAGUAGGCACAGCCACCUGUCGCCAUUUUGUUCGCAUGUCAUCACACCCACGGCGGGAUACCAAACAAGGGCAAAGAGGAGGAGAGUGAGCGGAGCUACAGACACCUGCUGGCAUUUUGCUUGGACCUGACAGACAGACUUUACUUUGGGAGAAACGCUUAAUACUCCAUUACCUGCAACUCGUCUGUGUUCUGACCACAUGUGCUCGGCUGUACACUAUAUCAAUAAAGUGUUUAAGACUUUUAAAAACACUGUAGUAAUAUAUUGAGCCACUAAACAUUGUUCUUAUGACGUUUUCAACAGGAGGAAAACGCGAAUUACUUCCAAACACUUUAAAUAUAGUGUGUGUUAGUAAAUACAAGACUAUUGAUAAACUCCAGCAUAACACUGUAUGAUAACGCUUCAGAUGACUGUUCUAGAGCUACAGCUAAUCAAACUGUUACAUUCUGGAGGGAAUUACAGCUCUAAAGAAAAAUAUAAAUGAUCCUAAAUAAAAUAAAUACAUUUAUAGAGAUGGUAUACAAGUAUAGAACUUCACUUACCUGGGAAAUGGAGGCAACUUGAACGGUUUGUGAGCACAAUUAAGUGCACACAGCAUGCCCAAUCAUCUGAUAAUUGUAGGAAAUAAUCCCAAAAGGCAGCUGACUGUGUAAAGAAACAUUAAUCAACACAAAAAUACGAUGAAUAUACUGAGCUCAGCGGCUAAUUAGCUGGAAUUAGCAGAAGUGACGAGACAGCGAGCAGCAAGACCUAGCUGUCACUCAAGUGGCCACGCCCUUAAUUAUGCAAAAUUAAUAUAAAGGAAAUGGAUGAAUAAUAAAAAAAUUCACCCCCUCACAGUUAUCCUGAAGGUUAAUCAUGGCUAUAUGCACCAAAGCCAUCUUUUGUACCAGGCUGUAAACAUGUUUUUAUCAGCUGUAAAAAUGGCCAAUUUCCCAUUGCAGUCAGAAAUGACCUGGACUUCCUGGAGCCAGCCCCCCAAGGCGAGUCGAUGAAUUGCAGUUUUAGUUACUUCCGUAUUGGCUUCCCGAGGGAGAGCGGGAGGUUGCCGCUUGGUACAUCCCUAUAUGGAUGACGAAUGCAUCGUUACAUAGCAGCUGUAAAACUAUACAAAGACACAAAUGAUUUUGUAACUGCCACUCUGACACAUUCUGGCACAUUAGGAAUAUUGAUUCCUCAACAGUUCUCUCUGCUUGGUCUGUGUCAGAGUCGUACAUGUAUGGCUGAAUUCUGUACCUCUCACUCAUGUUGCUUCUCUCUGUCUUCCUGUCUGUUGCCAAACACAAAGCGGGGGAGCUCUUGGCUCCGCCUCCUUGUUAAGUUGGGCGGGAAGUCAAAACUAAUUUUCAUGUGAGGCAACACACCACGAAAACAACAACCUGUGUACACAACCCCAAAAUCACACUUUUUAACACAUUAUAAAACAAUCUGAAUUGUGUUUUGAACUGAACCUAAACUGGCACACUCAGAAGAACCAUAAUAUUAAUAUUAAACCUUAUUAAAGGGGUAAACUAGGUGCCCUUUAAUAAUAAAACAUGUCACAUAAUUUAGUUAAUUUUUAGCAAUAUAUUUUAAAUAAUGUCUCAAAAUAAGCAAGCUCUAGUUAUAAACACAUUUGUUUGACAUAACCUUUCAUUGGAAUAUAAUAAAAAAGGUUUUAAAUAUUUUAAAAACUAUAAUAAACUAAAUGUACACACAAACAUCUGUCUAGGCCAGUGUCCUCAGCAGUAAAUACAUGGAGAAAUAUUACACAAAUAUUAUUAUACCCAAAAUAAUUAAAACGUUAUUGUAAAUAGAGUUAGAAAUAACAUUUAUUGAGGUGGAAUGUCAGUGAUGGGCAGAUUGAGUAGCUUUACAUGAACAAAAGAAAACUAAGACCUGUUUUAAAAAAAGAUUUAAGACCUACAACACAAUAUUUCAGCAAAUUUAAGACUUUUUAAAGCUUGUUUUUGCGAUUUAAGACAUUUUAAGACUUUAUGACCCCACAGACACCCUGGAACAUCUCCCCCAUUCUCCUGCUGGCCUGCAGAUACCCACACUAGUGGAUGCUGCUCGCUCAUUGGCUGUAGGUGAUCACUGAUGUUAUUUUCAGUCAGAACUCAUUUCACACGGCAUAAUUUUGAAUCGCCAACAGCUCCAGAUAUUUAGCAAACCAAAUCUCUCACAGGUGUCGGCAACUCAUCUGCGAUUCUCUCGGAUGGCCUCUUUAACAGUUCACACUGUGUGACUGUCACUCACGUGAACGAGCAGCGAUUUGCCUGUGAUUUCAGGCGUUUGUCUGCGAUUUCUCAAAAUCUGUCAGCAAGUCAAAAUCAGAGCUUAAAAGCAUGCAGUCUGAACUCGGCAUAAGUUAUAUUCAGAUUUCAGUAACUUUAGCACGACACACACAAGAAUAGACUUCCAUAUUAAAGUGCAUUACUGUAAACUGAUUUCUGCAUGUUUUUUUACAGUGUGAUGGAGGAUAUUGCUGGAAAUAAAACAAGAGCAUUUCUUUAAUACUGUAUGAACAACUGUUUUCCAGUGUUUAAUGUGUCAAGUAAGUUUCCUAAAAAAACAAAACUUUGUCAGCCAUGCAAAUGUUAAUUUAUCUUUAAGCAAAAACCUUUAAUAUUUUAUUCAAUUGCAAUGUUGUGAAAUGCACAAUGGUCUCUCUAUUUAAGUUUUGCAAAUACAAGUCAUUUGCAUUUUGAUAUAAACCGUAAAAACUGAAACUAAACACUAAUUUAUGCGCACUAAAUAAAUAGCCAUAAUUUGAAUGCUUUGCUUGUGCCUGAAAUGUUUUAGAAACACUGAGAACUAAAGAAAAAUAAAGUAGCUUUAGCUUGUUUUUAUUGGUUGGCAAACGUCAACAAUACAGUAUUUUCAUCUUUGCGAUUUGUCGGCUGAUGGAUGUGUGACGUUGUUUACUUUGUGUAAUAACUUGUGAGAGUGGAUUUAAAGUGUUUAUCACAUGUUGAUGUUGUUUUUUAUCUAAUAAAUCCCUUUAAAAUACA